UUCCUACACAGUCACAAGAAGCCCAUAGAUAAAUAAUUGUUUACCAGACAGAAUCUCAGGCGACGGGACAGUGGGGGCUGACAUUUUUGCUGCUAUCAGAGAGUUGAAUCGGCGUGAGGUUUCAAGAAAUUUGAUUUUUGAAUGCGAUUGUCCUUUCCGGCGUCGAUUUCUGUCGAAAAAGCUAUGGUACUUCUUCCAAUUUAUUCAAACUUCGGUUUCUCGAUCUUCUGUCACUCUGUCCUUUCGUUCUUUUGCUGUUCUUCAUCUUCGUCCUCUUCGCGAGCCGAUUUCUCGACCGUUUUCUCCAUUUCUUGAAGUAAGAACCGUUAUAUGGCUUCUAGGUUUUCUUGAUUUUGUAAAUUAGAGUGAUGGAUCUUCUAGAUCGAGCUCUCUCUCUCAAUCACUGCUGUUUAAGCCGUUUCUAGGUCACUUCAAAUAGAGAAAAGCUGCAUAGCUUCUGAUUCUUGAAGGUAAAGGAGAAGCUAAGCGUUUGGUGGCUGUUGUGUUAAUCAUGCUGCAAAUUUUCCAUUUCUAAAGCAAAUCAUAUCAGUUCAAGUUUAGCUAGCCCUGUACUGCUCAAUCCUUAUCCAAUUUGGAGAAUCAUGGUGGAAGAUAGUAUGAAGGGACGUCCCGGAGACUGUCAGUUGACUGAAGAUUGGUUGUUACGUGUGCAAGAGCUGGUUCCUCUGGCGCUACAGAAGGCUAUGGAGGUCAAAGUGUUUCCGGGCAGGUGGAAGAUGAUUAUUUACAAGACGGAGCAGAUCCCGUCUCGUUUAUCUGAUUUGUCUAGCCACCCCUUUUUCUCCAAGAACGCUCUUUGUAAGGAGCUAUUGCAGGCUGUCUCAAAAACGAUGGAAGAAGUAAUUGAAUUGGCAGAGAUCUGUGUGCAGGACAGAUACGAGGGGAAGCUUAGAAUGCAGAAUGAUCUCGACUCGUUAUCUGGGAAGUUGGAUUUGAAUUUGCGAGAUUGUAGCCAUUUGAUCAAGACAGGAGUGCUAGGUGAAGCCACUUUGCCCGUAUCUGUAACGGGUACUUCGACUGAACCUGAGUCUACCGACCAUAAAAAUGUGAGGGAAUUGCUCGCCCGGCUACAGAUUGGGCACUUGGAAGCCAAACACAGAGCUCUUGAAAGCCUUGUCGAGGUCAUGAACGAGGAUGAAAAGACCGUCCUGGCUGUCUUAGGACGUAAUAACAUUUCUGCUCUAAUCCAGUUGCUCGCUGCAACAUCUCCCUGCAUUCGUGAGAAAGCAACAAUGGCGAUUUGCUCGAUUGUGGAAUCACAGAGUUACGAAAAUUGGCUGAUUUCAGAGGGUGUUCUGCCACCCCUCAUACGGCUUGUUGAGUCUGGCAGUGCUCUUUGUAAAGAAAAGGCUGCAAUGUCCCUCCAAAGGCUAUCAACAUCAGCUGAAACCGCCCGCGAAAUUGUUGGCCACGGAGGAGCUCAGCCGCUGCUCGAGAUCUGCCAAACAAGCAAUUCAGUGUUGCAGGCGGCAGCUGCAUGCACUUUGAAGAACAUGUCAACCAUUCCUGAGGUUAGGCAAUCUUUAGCCGAAGAGGGAAUCGUUCCGAUAAUGAUAAAUCUCCUCGGCAACGGAAUUCUCUUGGAAUCAAAAGAUUAUGCAGCCGAAUGCUUGAAAAAUCUCACUGCAGGCAGUGAAAAUCUUAGGAACAAUGUGAUUUCAGAAGGUGGCAUACAAAGUCUAUUAGUUUUCAUCGAUGGCACACACGCCAAGGAAUCUGCUAUCGAGGCGCUGAGAAAUCUAGUCAGCUUGGUUCCGACCGAAGUUAUAACAUCUCUCGGUGUUCUUCCGUGCCUUCUUCGUGUACUUAGAGGAGGAUCUUUAGGUGCUCAGCAGGCAGCUGCAUCGGCCAUUUGCGUGAUUAGCAGCUUACCAGAGAUGAAAAAGAUACUCGGGGAAGCAGGGUUCAUUCCUCCGCUAAUCAAGAUGCUCGAGGCAAAGUCGAACAGUGUCCGAGAAGUGGCAGCACAAGCAAUCGCUAGCUUGAUGACACUGUCCCAAAACAGCAAUGAAGUGAAGAAGGAUGAAAACAGUGUCCCAAAUCUCGUUACGUUGCUCGACUCGAGUCCUCAUAACACAGCUAAAAAAUAUGCAGUUGCCUGCCUUGUAAACCUUGCGUUGAGCAAGAAAUGCAAGAAGCUGAUGAUUUCACAUGGAGCUAUUGGGUAUCUCAAGAAGCUUGUAGAAAUGGAGGUUCCUAGUGCUAAGAAGCUAUUAGAGAGAUUGGAAAGAGGGAACUUGAGUAUAUUCAGCUGGAACUAAAUGAAAAGCCGAGUCGUUCCAUUGUAUGCUCGUGAUCGAAAGCUCAAGCUUGAGUAUAUUCAGCAGGAAAUAAACAAAGAGCGGAGUCAUUCCAUUGUAUGCUCGAGAUCAAAAGCUCGAGCUUGGGUAUAUUCAGCACAAAAUAAACAAAGAGUGGAGUCGUUCCAUCGAUGCUCGUGAUCAAAUGCUCGAGUUACUUUUGUUGAUCUUCACUGUUCGAACCGUUGCAGACUGUACAUAGAUUACGAUCGAAAAGACCGAACCGGCUUCCUUGUUUGUGAGGAUCUGACUGAAAUUUGCAUCAAGUAACCUCUCAAUCUCUUCCCUAUUUCUGUUGGUUCUUUUUGUGAUGAAUUCAAGAACAAAAUCUGGAAUUCUAUCUGUAUUUACUUCGAUCCAAUAAAAUUAUAUUAGAAAUUCUCUUUCUGAGGAA